UAAUAGUAUUGAUUUGACCAAACGGACUGAUGGUGAUUACUGGGUUCUAAUCGGCGGCUGUCAUUCAUAGAUCUGAGCUUAAUCUGAAAGGUAUUGAGACCUCCGCCGGCAUACUAGGAUUAGCACAGAGAUGAUUUUGGAAGUCCUGAUUCCUGUGCCCGUGCUGGUUUUUAUUUUUUCCAAAUUGUGGACGCACCUAAACCGCAAUUACUUCAUCCUAAGCCUUUGUAAGCGACUUCGCACCGAGGAUGGCAGUCCUCUGGAAAAAAAGAUCUACGUAACGCCGACCAAAACCCGAUUUGGAAACAACUUUGAUCUAGUGAACUUUACUUCUGAAAGCAUCUUCAAGUUCAUGAGAGAUGCUUCUGCUGAAGCGAAAGGUCAGAAUUAUCUGUGGUAUUUCUUCCGAGCGCCCAUGUACAAUGUCAUCAGGGCCGAGGAAGCCGAGGAAAUACUCCAAAGUCCGAAGCUAAUCACCAAAAAUGUGAUCUAUGAUCUUUUAAAACCAUUUUUGGGCGAAGGACUGCUGACCAGCACAGACCAGAAAUGGCAUGCUAGAAGAAAAGCCCUGACUCCCGCCUUCCAUUUCAACGUUUUGCAGUCUUUUCUAAAUAUAUUCAAUUUUUUAAGGGAAGAGUGCAACAAACUGGUCAAAGUCCUAUAUCAAAGUGUGGAUAAGGAGUUGGUCCUUAAUGAGGUCAUUCCUCAGUUUACUUUAAACAAUGUUUGUGAAACCGCACUGGGCGUAAAGCUAGAUGAUAUGUCGGAGGGCUUCCGAUAUCGCCAGUCGAUUCACGCCAUAGAAGAGGUCAUGCAGCAGCGACUGUGCAAUCCCUUCUUCUAUAACCCAGUGUACUUCUAUCUGUACGGAGACUAUCGAAAGCAGGUGGAUAACUUGAAAAUUGCCCACGCCUUCUCCAGCAACCUCAUAGAGACAAGGAGGAGUCUUUUCAAGAGUAAACAGCUUGAGAAAGUGGAUGAGUUUGGCAAGAAACAGCGCUAUGCCAUGCUGGAUACCCUUUUGGCGGCCGAGGCAGAGGGUCAGAUCGAUCACCAGGGCAUCUGUGAUGAGGUCAACACCUUCAUGUUCGAGGGGUACGAUACCACAUCAACGUGUCUUAUCUUCACCCUGCUCAUGUUGGCCCUGCACGAGGAUGUCCAGCAGCGGUGUUAUGAGGAGGUGGAAAACCUCCCAGAGGCCAGCGAUGAUAUCACCGUGUUCCAGUUCAACGAACUGGUCUACUUGGAGUCUGUGAUCAAGGAGUCCCUCAGGAUGUUUCCCUCGGUGCCCUUCAUUGGUCGUAAAUGCGUGGAGGAGACUGUGGUAAAUGGUCUAAUAAUGCCCAAGGACACCCAACUCAACAUACACAUCUACGAAAUCAUGAGGGAUCCCCGGCACUUUCCCGAUCCCCUCAAAUACCGACCAGAUCGAUUCCUUCCUGAGAACACUGUGAAUCGGCAUCCCUUCGCAUUUGUGCCCUUUAGUGCAGGGCAACGGAACUGCAUAGGUCAGAAGUUCGCCAUCCUGGAGAUCAAGGUUCUACUCGCAGCGGUUAUCAGGAAUUUCAGGAUACUACCCAUUACUUUUCUAGCUGACCUUACAUUUGAGAACGGAAUCGUGCUGCGCACUAAACAAAAUGUAAAGGUUAAACUGGUGCGUAGGGAGAAGAAAUGAUAAGGCUUAUCGGUUUCUGUAAAAACAAAACAAUGCCUAAUCACCCAAACUUCCAAACUUUAUGGCAAACUUUUUACAAUCCCAAACACAAUUAUUGGAAAUAAAGAACCAUAAAAUAUUCCGAUAACCAAAA